AUGGCAUCCAUCUUCACCUAUAGCGCCGUACAAGGUGGCAAGACUGUUUCGCUUCAAAGGUACUCGGGCUAUGUGACGCUCAUCGUGAACGUGGCGUCGCGGUGUAGCUUCACCUCCACCAACGUCGAGAUGCUGAACGGGGUGCAACAAGCGUAUGGCUCCCGUAGGUUUACCAUUCUCGCGUUCCCGUGCGCACAGUUUGCGAACCAAGAGCCGCUCAGUAAUGCCGAGAUUGCGCAGUGGUGCGAGAACAUUGGGCUGCUCUUUCCGGUCUUUGACCGGGUCAACGUGAAGAAUCCCUCAGCCCACCCACUGUUUCGAAUGCUUCGGGCACAGCAGGGGGCUCCCAUGUGGAACUACACCAAGUACCUUUGCGACCGCAGCGGUGUGCCGCGCCGUAAGCUGGAGCCCGGCUGCUCCAUGGACGCGCUACGGCAGUCUAUCGAGUCUGUUUUAUAG